GCAACUGGGGUGUUAGUGGGCAUUAUUUAUCUCCUGUUGCAGUUUAAAUGGACUUUAGUGCUGAACAUGGGUAGCCCUGCACAGGACUUUCGUGAGCAAGAUUUUUGAUAAAGAGUCAACGAGUACAGAAUACGUUAAGACUUAAUUGAGGGAAACUACCGACAAUUUUUCCCGUCAUAAUUUUUGUCGGCUACUACUUGGCUUUCCUCUGGGUAACUUCUCGACUUCAAAAUGAGCGACAGAGGGAGAGCAAGAUCACGAUCGAGGGGGAGAGCUCGGGGGCCGCGGACAGCUCCCGGCGUGCCUCCAGCUCAGGAGACUGCGCGGCCAGCUCACCUACCUGUUGAGGGAGAGAUGUUGGGGCGGGGAAGACAGAAAACGGCGCCGUCAGCCGCUACAUCGGAAGGCCUCUGUGAGAUCUCUGCUGGCUUCCAGAAAGUGACUAUUGGAGAGCGAGGUCGCCGACGGCGGGAUUUGCAUGAUGAAGGAAUCAACACAAGACAGGCUAUGGAACAUGUGAAGGAAUCGAAGUCAGGCACCGCCGGGUCUCCCAUCGAGCUGAGGGCCAACUACUUCCGCAUUCUGUCCCGACCCCAGUGGGUCCUGUUCCAGUACCACGUGGACUUCAACCCCCCCAUGGAGUCCCGCCGCCUCCGGUCUGCUCUCCUCUUCCAGCACGGCGAGACGCUGGGCUCCACGCACACCUUCGACGGGGCCAUCCUCUUCCUGCCCAAUCGGCUCCAUAACCCGGAGACUGUUCUCUUGAGCGAAACCAGGCAAGGCGAGAAGGUCCGUAUCACAGUGACUCUGACCUCUGAACUUUUGCCGACUUCCCCAGUUUGUCUGCAGUUCUACAACAUCAUCUUCAGAAGAGUGCUGAGGAUACUGAACAUGCAGCAGAUCGGCCGCCAUUACUACAACCCCAAUGAGCCACUGGACAUCCCCCAACACAGGCUGACGAUCUGGUCCGGCUUCUGCACGGCCAUCCUGCAGUACGAGUCGGGGGUGAUGCUCUGCAUGGAUGUGAGCCACAAGGUGCUACGCAGUGAGACGGUUCUGGCCUUCAUGUACGGCCUCCGGCAGCAGCACGGCGACCGCUACUUCAUGGAGGCCUGCACCAAAGAGCUGGUGGGCCUCAUCGUCCUCACAAAGUACAACAACAAAACAUACAGGAUCGAUGAAAUCGCCUGGGACCACACUCCGAGAAACACAUUCAAGAAGGGGGGCCAGGACGUCUCGUUUAAAGAGUACUACAGGGCGCAAUACAACCUGGACAUCAGGGAUGACAACCAGGUGCUGCUGGUCAGCCAGGUGAAGAGGCUGGGCCCUGCCGGAGCUCCGCCUCCUGGGCCAGCCCUGCUGGUGCCAGAGUUCUGCUACCUCACAGGUCUGACGGACAGGAUGCGGCAGGACUUCGGCAUUAUGAGGGACCUGUCCCACCACACCCGCCUGAACCCGCAGGACCGGGACCAACGCCUGAACCGCUUCAUCGGGACCAUCAACAGAAACCCUGAAGCUCAGGCAGAGCUCAACAAUUGGGGUCUCACCUUUGACAAGCAGUCUGUGAGAAUCCAGGCUCGGAUCCUCCCAGAUGAAAAACUGCUCCAGGGUCGCACCACGUUCCAGUACAAACCAAUGAUGGCCGAUUGGACGAGGGAGAUGCGGGGGUUGCCCCUGACCAGCUCCCCGCCCCUGGAGCGCUGGCUGCUGUUCUUCACCCCCCGCAACGGGGGCCUCGCCCAGUCCCUCCUGCAGACCCUCAAUCGGGUGUGCCCGCCCAUGGAAAUGAGGAUGAUGAGACCGGGCAUGAUUGAAUACGAGGACAGACAGGAGUCCCUCAUGAGGGCCCUGCAGCAGAACGUGGGUCCUGGGACCCAGAUGGUCGUGGUCAUCCUUCCCACCAACCGCAAGGACAAGUACGACUGCGUGAAGAAAUACCUGUGCGUUCAGUGCGCCACGCCCAGCCAGUGUGUGGUGGCUCGAACCCUCAGCCGGCCCCAGGCCCUCAUGACCAUCGCCACCAAGAUCGCCCUCCAGAUCAACUGCAAGAUGGGAGGCGAGCUGUGGUACGUGGAAAUACCGCUGGAUUUUUUGAUGGUGGUGGGAAUCGACUGUUACCACGACACUGCUGCUGGGAAGCGUUCCAUCGGGGCUCUGGUGGCCAGUCUCAACAAGGAUAUGACCCAGUGGUACUCCAAAUGCGUGCUCCAGAGUCGCGGGCAGGAGAUCAUGGACGGCCUGAAGGGGGCGCUGCAAGGCGCCCUGCUGUCCUGGAUGAGGCGGAACCAGAAGCCGCCCACGCGCAUCAUCGUGUACCGGGACGGGGUGGGCGACGGCAUGCUGGAGAGCGUGGUGAGCUACGAGGUGAAACAGAUCCGCGACUGCAUCAAGUCCACCCUGGGGGACUACCUGCCCAAACUGGCUGUCAUUGUGGUGAAGAAGAGAAUCAGCUCCAGGUUCUUCGCCCAGAUGGACAGGAACCUGACCAACCCGCCACCAGGAACGGUCAUCGACACAGACGUCACGCGUCCUGAAUGGUACGAUUUCUUCAUUGUGAGCCAAGCGGUGCGAAUGGGGAGCGUCACGCCCACGCACUACAAUGUGGUGUAUGACAGCAGCGGGCUGAAGCCUGACCACAUGCAGAGACUCACCUACAAACUCUGUCACAUGUAUUACAACUGGCAGGGGAUCAUUCGAGUGCCAGCCCCCUGCCAGUACGCACACAAGCUGGCCUUCCUGGUUGGCCAGAGCAUCCACAAGGAGCCCGACCCAUCUCUGGACGACCUGCUCUAUUACCUGUGAUGAAAGGAGCCUCAUGGCAUAGCCAGUAAACCUGCAUGGUCAGGCAUGCCAACAGUCAGAUUCAUGUAUCACGGUUUCAUUUUGCAGGAAAAAUGUAUGUAUUUUUGUGUAAAGUUAAGGUUUGUUUUUUGGAAUUUGUGCAUCUGGGUUUAUGGGGGAACCUUAAUUAUGAAGUUGUGAAUUGAGAAGAAUAAUGUUUUGGGGAAUACAUUUCCUUUUUUUUUUUUUUUUUUUGGUCUAUCUUCUAACUUUAUUCCCACAAAUAUUAUUUUAUAACUGUUUUGUUAAAGUUAAUAUUUCCAGGAAACUCCUGUGUUUGUUUUAUUUUUUAUGUUUCAUGCUGUUUCAGGGCAUUGAAAGCCAGUCUCUUCCUGAAUUGUAUACCAAAGAAAGAUGGAGCCAGUAAUUCAAUUCUGCUCCCGGAUAAUCAUCCAAACAACUGCUAAAACCUAAAUGAGCUGACAAUGAACAUGGUCUCUGGCUUUCCCUUGCAGCAUUGUGAAGUGAUGCACAAAAUGAACUGUUACGUUGUGUAUAUGAAAUUCCUUUGGUGGUUCCUGUAAAAUGAAAUUCAACAUACA